AUGAUUGGAUUACUCGGUUUGCUCGUGAGUAUGGAAGGCGAUGGAUCGUGGAGUGCAACUUCCUUAUCAGAGGAGGAGCAUGCGAUACUUCAUACCUCAGACCCUGUCGACACCUUGGAGAUGGAGGACAGUGAGGACAUUCACCCUGAUUAUACUCUAGCUGAGCACCCGUCAGAGCCAGUCCUUUCGCCAUACUAUAUACCAGCUGGGCUAAAGCUUCUCAGUUCCUAA